UGGGUCACUGCAGGCUACGGCUGCAGAUCUUUCGGUCCCCUGCCAUAGCCUUAUUGUCUCUUUCCUCUCCAUGCCUGGAUUCCUCCGGUCGGACCAGCGUUGUCCAUCCCCAGCUUCGCACUGAUUUACCCGUCCCGCAGCCCAACCGUUACCAUGAGUAUAAGUGUCUUCGACCUUGCCAACAUCUUGUCUCAAGAAUAGGUAAACACGUUUGGCCGAUCUCAGUUUUCCCUAGUUCUUGUACUCACCUCUUUCAUCACACCAACAAAUAUCGAGAAGCUGUGCCUUGAUACCACCGCUUCGGCAAUGCCUCACUCGCAACACGACGAAGAUGCCUCCGCAGCGACGGGUGGUGCUCCCAUACCGGUGACGCUUGUUACCAACUCUCUCGAGAAGCCUUCACUUGACGAUCGUGAUUACCGAGUUAUUCGUCUGGACAACGAGCUCGAGGCUCUAUUGGUACAUGAUCCCGAGACCGAUAAGGCCAGCGCUGCGCUGGAUGUCAAUGUGGGAAAUUUCAGCGAUGAGUCUGAUAUCCCCGGUAUGGCCCAUGCGGUCGAACAUCUUCUCUUCAUGGGCACGAAGAAAUUUCCGAUUGAGAACGAAUACGCCCAAUAUCUCUCCGCCAAUUCAGGAAGCUCAAAUGCUUACACAGGGCCAACAUCGACGAACUUCUUUUUCGAUAUCUCUGCCAAGCCGGGCAAUGACCGGGAACCUUCCGAUACCAACCCAUCUCCUCUGCGCGAGGCUCUCGACCGAUUCGCCCAGUUCUUCAUUGAACCGCUAUUCCUUCCCGAGACCUUGGAUCGAGAGCUGAAGGCUGUCGAUUCAGAAAACAAAAAGAAUCUUCAAAAUGACACCUGGAGGCUGCAUCAGCUAGAAAAGUCUCUAUCCAACCCUAACCACCCGUUCUGUCACUUCUCAACCGGCAAUUUUGAGGUUCUCAAGACCCUCCCCGAAGCACGUGGAAUUAAUGUGAGAGACAAGUUCACCGAGUUUCAUGACAAGCACUAUUCAGCAAACCGCAUGAAGUUGGUUGUUCUAGGAAGAGAGUCACUCGAUGUACUUCAGAAAUGGGUUGCUGAGCUGUUCUCCCCUAUCGUGAACAAGAAGCUAUCACCGAACAGAUGGCCUGGUGAGCAACCUUUCAGAGAGACUGAUCUCGGCAUGCAAUGUUUUGCGAAGCCCGUCAUGGACUCUCGAGAGCUUAACCUAUACUUCCCCUUUAUCGACGAGGAGUUCAUGUUUGCCACUCAGCCUAGCCGCUAUCUCAGCCAUCUUAUCGGACACGAGGGACCUGGAAGUAUCAUGUCAUACAUCAAGUCCAAGGGUUGGGCAAAUGGUCUAAGCGCCGGUGCCUACCCCGUUUGCCCUGGUACUCCUGGUAUCUUCGAUGUACAGGUUCGCUUGACGGAAGAGGGUCUUAAGAACUACCCUAAAAUCGUCAAGAUCUUUUUCCAGUAUAUCGCUCUCCUGCGUAAGAGUCCACCCCAGGAGUGGAUAUUUCAAGAGCAGAAGGGAAUGGCUGAUGUCGAUUUCAAGUUCAAGCAAAAUACGCCUGCCAGUCGCUUUACCAGUCGAAUCAGCUCGGUUAUGCAAAAGCCUCUUCCUCGGGAAUGGUUGCUCAGUGGACACAGCCGUCUCCGAGAAUUUGCUCCUGAUGAGAUCGAGAAAGCCCUUGCCACGAUUCGCCCGGAUAACUUCCGCAUGGUCAUUGUAUCACGCAACUAUCCUGGCAACUGGGACCAGAAGGAAAAGUGGUACGGAACUGAAUAUCGACAUGAAAAGAUCCCCAGAGGUCUUAUGGAGGAGUGCAAGAAAGCGUUUGCAGUCUCUCCCAAGGAUCGACUGCCUGCUCUUCACCUGCCUCACAAAAACCAGUUCAUUCCCAACAAGCUCGAGGUCGAGAAGAAGAAGGUGGACGAGCCGGCACUGAACCCCCGGGUUCUUCGUAAUGAUAGCAUUGCCAGGACAUGGUGGAAGAAGGAUGAUACCUUCUGGGUUCCCCGCGCCAACGUUAUUGUCAGCUUGAAGACACCAAUUAUCUAUGCUUCGGCAGAGAAUAAUGUCAAAGCUCGACUUUUCACUGACCUGGUCCGUGAUGCGCUCGAGGAGUACUCAUACGACGCGGAGCUGGCUGGCCUACAAUAUAACGUAAGUCUCGACUCGCGCGGUCUGCUCUUGGAUGUCAACGGCUAUAAUGACAAGCUGCCUGUGCUCUUGGAACAAGUCGUCACAACAAUGCGAGACCUGGAUAUCAAGGAAGAUCGUUUUGAGAUUGUCAGGGAGCGCUUGAUCCGAGGAUACAGCAACUGGCAGCUGCAAUCAUCCUACCACCAGGUUGGCGAUUACACCAAUUGGCUCAAUGCCCCCAAACGGGAUUUCAUGGUAGAGGAGCUCGCAGCGGAGCUUUCAAGCGUCACAUUGGAAGGUGUCAGGCUGUUCCAGAAGCAGAUGCUUGGCCAGGUUUUCAUCGAAGUGUACGUACACGGUAACAUGUACAAGGAGGACGCUCUUAAAGCAACCGACAUGGUCGAGUCCAUUCUGAAGCCGCGGGUUUUGCCCAAGGCCCAGUGGCCUAUCCUACGGUCACUCAUUCUGCCCAAAGGUUCCAACUACGUCUUCAGAAGGACCCUCAAGGAUCCUGCUAAUGUCAACCACUGCGUCGAGACUUGGUUUUAUGUUGGUAGCAGAGAAGAUCGCGACGUUCGAACCAAGACUCUACUUCUGGACCAGAUGUUCCAUGAGCCAGCCUUUGAUCAGCUCCGGACGAAGGAGCAACUCGGUUACGUCGUUUUCAGUGGACCUCGAGCCUUCUCGACGACGUAUGGCUUCCGCUUCCUCAUCCAGAGUGAAAUGACACCAGAAUUCCUUGACUCGCGUAUCGAGGCCUUCCUCAUGAGAUAUGCGGACACUCUGGAGAAGAUGAGUGAGACUGAAUUCGAGGGCCACAAACGAAGUUUGAUCGUCCGGCGUUUAGAGACGCUCAGAAACCUGGAACAGGAGUCCACUCAUCAUUGGACCCAGAUCACGAACGAAUACUUAGACUUCGAGCUUGCCCAGCGCGAUGCCGCACAGAUUAAGCUUCUGACCAAACCUAAGGUCGUCGAAUUCUUCAACCAGCGCCUCAACCCUGCCUCCAGCCAGAGAGCACGGUUAUCGAUUCAUCUGCAGGCUCAAGGCAAGGCUGACGGGGUUGAUAAGCGACAGGAAGAGGCUCAGAAGAAGGCCGAUGAGGAGUCCUCCCCUGGAGAUGCUGUGAAGACGGCCGAGGAAAUCACUGAUGUUAGACUUUACAAAGCACGUCUCACUGCCAGUUCCGGAGCCAAGCCCGUCAGAGACAUCAGCGAGUAUGAGGAUAUGGAUGCGAAGCUUUAGGGGGUGUUAUGUUACCUUACUUCUGGGCUAACCACUUAGCGUGGAUCGGCAACUCAUUCGAUGGAAGUGAGCAUUCUAUGGAAGGACAGAGGGCUCAUGUUGGGACUUGAGGGAAGGACCAUAUUGCAUCCACUCCUGUUGACAUGAGAGUUGGGUAGCAUAGUAGGUUGUCGAACAAUCUCAACAGAAUUGGAGGGGGUAGGAAAGGCUUCAAAACAGUACAGAUGCAGUUCUUGUCCUUCUGACUCUUGCCUCAGAGAGUACCUGAGGAUUGGGACGUAUGGGUCAGCCGACCUUGGUUCAAACGUAGUAUCGUGGAGGGGAAUCUCAACUUGGUGGGAUUUAGUAGACUCUUAGUAAAAGUUUAUAUAAUACCUUAAUCAUGG